AUGAAGCCAAAAUCAUCGGUGAAUCGACCUCCAACACCAGAUGUUGCCGAUAAUCUCCCGGAAAGGGAACCCACGUUUCAGGAACUCCUCAAUAUCAAGUUUAUUGAGACUGGAGAGAAGGAGCGGUUGAUGGAACUUUUGAGGGAAAGACUUGUGGAUUGUGGUUGGAAGGAUGAAAUGAAAUCUAUUUGCAGAGCUUUUGUGAAGAAGAAAGGAAGGAAUAAUGUUACUCUAGAUGAACUUAUACACGCAAUUACUCCAAAGGGUCGAGCCUCUGUUCCUGAUUCUGUAAAAGCCGAGCUAUUGCAAAGAAUUCGAACAUUUCUUGUUUCUGCAGCUCUCUAA